ACAACCAGCUACUGCUGUUUGUGUGUGUCUUUCUUACGAAUCCUUUCUCAUGUGAUCAUUGAAGUUUUGGAUUUGUGUAAUGCGAGGAGAGUGCUAUAGAAACCAGUGAAGGGUAUGUGAGAUCAAGGGAGGAAGUUUGGGGGUGUCCAUGUGGGGAUAAUUUGAGACUGAUCUAGAAUCAGAUUUAUGGAAGGCAGCUGUUGCGGGUUUGACAGACAGACGGGUCAGAAGACUACAGUACUGCUGCGGAACAGAAGCGGAUUUGAGCCACUGCUGCCUGCAGAAGAGCAUAGAGGAGUGUGACACAGCACACUGAAACAGCAAGGAUGGUCCGUGAACAGUACCUCACCACUACUGAUGAUUCAGGGGUCCUGGCACCAGUCACUGAUUACAUCUACAUGAUCGGCAUCUAUGGUUGGAGGAAACGCUGCCUCUAUCUGUUUGUUCUGCUUCUCCUCAUCAUUCUGGUAGUGAACUUUGCCCUUACGAUCUGGAUCUUGCGAGUUAUGUGGUUCAAUACGGAUGGCAUGGGAUACCUGCAGGUCAAUACAGAUGGACUGAGACUGGAGGGAGAAUCCGACUUCCUCUUCCCUGUUUAUGCCCAGGAAAUUGACUCCAGAGAGGAUUCAGGUCUUCUGGUGCAUUCUUCUGAAAAUGUCACUCUCAAUGCUCGCAAUGCCAAUGGUGAUGUCACAGGAAGUGUGUCUGUAGGUCCAGGCCAGGCUAGGGGCUUUGGUAAACACUUCAACAUCAGUUCAAAUCAUGAUGAAAAUUUAUUUUAUGCAGAUGAAAAUGGAGCCGUUGUUGGAAAAGGAAAGCUCCGUGUAACAGGUCCAGAGGGAGCUCUCUUUGAAAAUUCUGUCAGGACUCCUCUGGUCAAAGCAGUACUGAAUAAAGACCUCAGACUGGAGUGUCCAACACGCUCUCUCACCAUGGGUGCCCCGAAAGGAGUUCAUGUCAAAGCCUUGGCUGGGAAUGCUGAUGUGACAGCACACUUUGACAUUCGGCUACAUUCAUCUGCAGGACUGUUGGUUUUAGACGCUGAAUCUGUCCGUCUGCCCGUGUUACCUGUGGGUGAAGCCAGAACUUCAGGUGACUCGCAGGAAAUGUACGACAUGUUUGAGGUGUGUGUUUGCCCCAGCGGUAAGCUCUUCCUCUCCAAAGCUGGAGUCUCCUCUACAUGUAGUGAGCAACAGGACUGCUGAAUACGUUUCUCUCUGUAACACCUAUACAAAAACCAAAUCUGCCAUAGCAACAAGGGCUUCUGUCCGAUAUCUCCCUUGAUGGAGGGUCUCUAUCAAUAAAUAAAAACACCACAGUAACUCAAUAACAUGUUACUUGUUAACAUGUUAAUGAAUGUAUUUGUUAUUUGACAGGGAAGUUGACAUUUACAGUAUACAGUCUGUAGUUUAUAUUGUAUAUGGCACAAUGUGAUUGAGGAAGUUUUUUAAGAAAAUUAUUUUCAAAAUGAGGCUGGGCAAUAAAGGGGCUGUUCCACAGCUUUCAUCCUAUGCAAUAUAAUUUUGAGGUGCAAUAACCAAAUUGUAUGUACUGAAUAUGAACUAGUUUUUGUUUAGGAAACACAGAACAAUAACUACAGUCAUUUUUAUGAGAAAUCAAACAUGGUGUUUUGCGACGCAAAACUGUUCUGUGUGAAAAAUGUCAGCAUAAUCAAUGUUGCUUAAAUACACACUUGCCAACUUUUCAAAAUGGAUUAUUGUUGUUGUAAUUAAAUUAAUAUUAUUCUGUUUUGUUUGGGUUUAAUAUAACAUUUGCUAGUCCAUCUUUUUUUUUUUGUUAUAAAGAAUGAUAAGCAAUCUCUAUGGCAGCUUUCAACAUUAUGGUUUUGUGUUCCUUUGUGCUGAACUGUAUUUGUGUAUCUGAAAAUGCUUAGAGUGGUUAUGUUUUUAUAUAUAUUGGCAGGGGUCAUUCAGUUUAUACAUCAGUUGUAUAUCUUAUAUUUUGAUUGAUGUAUAUUUUGUUUGAACAGGAGAAUUGUGUCAUAUAUUUUGGUUUAUAUCAAUGUAAAUUAUAUUUGCCAUAUACUGAUAUUUGAAUUAUAGUUUAUCUAUCAAACAUGCAUAGAAUAGUACUUUUCCCACAUCCCAAUACAGAUGAUCUGACAUGAGCCGUUCUUUUAAGGAUGUCAAAGAAAUAAUUAAAUCUGAUGUUUUGUGUGUUCAAUAAAUGUAUAAUGUAAAAAGUGUUUUACCUGUUUCUAUGACUUACAUGAACAUUAGUUUAAAUUUGAGAUUAAAUACAAGACCAUGGCUAAUAAAAGCAAUAUAUCA